AGGGAGCGACUCUUGAUCUCAGGGUCAUGAGUUUGAGCCUUAGGCUGGGUAUAGAGAGUAUUAAAAAAUAAACUAUAAAUAGAUAUGCAGGAAAAAAUGUCUACAUUUCAACACUAUGAAAAUACAUAAGAUGAAUAACUAAAGGAAGAUUAAGUGUAAAUGCUAUUAUAUGCCUGUGCAUUCUGACUGUGAUCUGGAAGGGGCCCUGAGGCGAGUGGGUUCUGUCUUCAGCCUGCACAGGUCAGGAAUACUUUGCAUUCUUUGACUUUCAUAACGAACUGUCAGGGCGGGCCCCCCUCUGGAAGGGCGCCGGGAGAGAGCCCCGGCAUGCUGUAUCAUGCAUGAGUAAUACAUCUGAGGAGGUGCUCGUAUCUCUCUCCAAGUUGCGGCUCUAGACGGAAAUAUGGACAGAGAGCAAGAUCUUGGUCCGUGUCCAGUUAGAAGGCUACUAUUGACCCAGAAGACAGGCGAAAGGUGAGGCAGAGAGAGGCAGAUGCCUAUAGCCCUGAUCCUGAGCGUUGGGUCUUGGCCCUGUUCCAGCUUUCAUUUUCGUGAACAGGAAAAUCGAAACUUGAGCUCAGCAGAGAGUUAGUCAGAGGCGUGUCCAUCCUGCCCCUGUGAUAGGCUGCCCCAGCACAUACAUAAACUGAAUCCUGAGGUUCAGUGCAGCCUCAGAGCGCCUGGCCACCAUGUGGAUGCUCAUGCCAAUCGCUUUUGCUGGAAAGCUGCUGAGCGCCUUCAGGAAGCCACUGAGCUCUCUAUGGAGCAGCGUGGUCCCCUGGUUCUUCUGGCUCAGGUCAGCUCUCUGGCUGGCGAGGGGCGAGAGUACCCGGCCACUGCAGAUGAGCCAGGGUGAACUGCAGGAGAGCAGAGGGGAGGAGGAGGAGGGCCCGGACCAGCCCACCACCCCCACCAGCGUCAACUACCACUUCACCCGCCAGUGCAACUAUAAGUGUGGCUUCUGCUUCCACACAGCCAAGACAUCCUUUGUACUGCCCCUAGCCGAGGCCAAGCGAGGGCUGCGGCUGCUGCAGGAAGCCGGGAUGGAGAAGAUAAACUUUUCAGGCGGAGAGCCGUUUAUUCAUGACCGGGGCGAGUACCUGGGCAAGCUAGUGCAGUUCUGUAAAGAGGAGCUGCGGCUGCCCAGCGUGAGCAUCGUGAGCAACGGGAGCCUGAUCCGGGAGCGCUGGUUCCAGAACUACGGUGAGUAUCUGGACAUCCUUGCCAUCUCCUGUGAUAGCUUUGAUGAGCAAGUCAAUGUCCUCAUCGGCCGUGGUCAAGGAAAGAAGAACCACGUGGAAAAUCUUCAGAAACUGAGGGCGUGGUGUCGAGAUUAUAGAGUGGCCUUCAAAAUAAAUUCUGUCAUUAAUCGAUUCAACGUGGACGAGGAUAUGAGGGAACAGAUUCAAGCCCUGAACCCCGUCCGCUGGAAAGUCUUCCAGUGUCUCCUGAUCGAGGGGGAGAAUUCUGGAGAGGAUGCUCUGAGGGAAGCGCAGCAAUUCGUUAUCAGCGAUGAGGAAUUUGAAGGAUUCUUAGACCGCCACAAAGAGGUGUCCUGUUUGGUGCCCGAGUCUAACCAGAAGAUGAAAGAUUCCUACCUUAUUCUGGAUGAGUAUAUGCGCUUCUUGAAUUGUCGGAAUGGGCGGAAGGACCCUUCCAAGUCGAUCCUGGAUGUCGGGGUAGAAGAAGCUAUCAAAUUCAGUGGAUUUGAUGAAAAAAUGUUUCUGAAGCGAGGAGGAAAAUAUGUAUGGAGCAAGGCAGAUCUGAAGCUGGACUGGUAGAGCUGAAAGCACAGCAAGCUUCAACCCACCCCUGGGGACUCUUGCUCAGACUCAAGGUGUGGCAACUUCCGGCAGCGGCGGGUGGCCCCAGAUCUGAUUUUCUGUUGCACAGGCUCUCCGAUUAUCUGUGGUAACUGAACACACAAAUCACUUGGUAAUUGAACUCCAUGAUAAUGCAAAACCAUUAACUUUAGUUAAUUCGCUUAUUUAGGAUUUAGCUCUUUGAGCAGUGUUUUCUGUGACUCCUGUGUUCCCCAAUUUUGAUGUUAUUUUUUCCAGUCCUUUCAUUUGAUAGACUCAGGGUUAUUUUCUGCUAAAUGUUGAGAUGCCAAUUUUCACACCUAGAGCAAUUACAAAAGCUCUCCCCUAAUUAUUCUGCUUGUUGCAACACUCUUUCCUUUCUGUCUUUCUACCACUGAAGUCUUGGACUUUUUACCCAGAAGUCUAGAAACAGUCAGCAGAUGUUUCAAAGAGUAGGAAAUGAUCAUCUCAUCAGUUUUCACUAAGUACCUAGAAGGAGAUCGUUCAUCUGCCCAUGCUCUGCACGACCCCUGACCCAUGCUGACUACUCCAUGAACGUGAGCUAGCUCUGCUGCUCUCCUUCUUCUUCCAAGAGUCUCAGCAAAACCAACAAACCAUUUACAUCUUGUGACAUAGUUGACACGGGGUUGGUGUUUGGGUUGCCUAUGAACCUGUUACUCCAGCCACCUGAGUCCGCCUAGCAACAAUGCAUGAAUUCAUUUGAACACAGUUGUCCCCACAUCUCUGAGAAAUGACACCAUAUGGCUCAGAUGGUUAAGCCUUCAGCUCAGGUCAUGAUCUCCAGGUCCUGGGAUCGAACCCCAUAUAGGGUUCCCUGCUCAGCAGGGGGUUUCCUUCUCUCUCUCCCUUUGCUGCUCCCCCUGCUUGUGCUCUCUCUGUCUCUCUGUCUCUCUCUCUUUCUCUCGCUCUCAAAUGAAUUUAAAAAAAAGAUCUUAAAAAAAAAAGAAAUGACACCUUACUAGAUCGGCCUCAUGUGUUAGGAAAAAGCACUGGGCUAGUGUGUGGGAAAGACUGUGUGGAAAUAUCCAGAAUGUACCUGGAUUUUACGUAAAUUAAGCCAUGGCACAAUACAAUAUAUCUCAACUAAUUCUGAAUCACUUGUUACAAGGAUAUAAUCUGGGUCAAUAGAAGAAGAUCCUGGGCCUUCCUUUUACAGCUUCUUUGGGAAAAUGUCACCUAAACUGGGUCAGGGAACAAAGUCCCCUCCUUGUGGAAAUAUCACAUGCAGUUUGUUUAUGUAAUUUAGGCGGUAUCUCAUUGCCUGGAAAACAAUAAUUUCGUAUCAUUGUUUCAGAAAACAGUAUCAUGGAAAGUUUUUUUGCCCAAGCAUAGAAAAAUUUUAAUCCAGCUGCCAUGCCAAUCUUGGUCACUAGGUGGCAGUAAAUGCUGCCUGAGUCCAUUAAGCAGCCAUAGAGAAAUACCACUUCAUCCAGUUUCCAGACUUGGUGGUUUUGAAAGUUUGGUUUUUGUAAUUUUUUUUUCCUCAGAAAAGAUACUUAAACUUCAAAUUUUAAGUCACUAUAAUUCAACUGAAAUGUUUUUGGGUCCCAUCUCAAACAGGGUUAACAUAAAUGGGUAAAUAAAUAUAUAAAUAAAAUUUAAAAAUUAAUUAACUAAUUAAUUUUUCUAAAAAAGGAUGGGUUAUCAUGCAUUUUCCAUUUUAUUUUGUUUUAUAUUUUAAGAGAAAAAUGAAUUAGAAAGCCUUUUUCCUGUAUGGCUUAAUAUAAUCAGUAUAAACAUAAAAGUUUUUUGUUGUUUUUUUUUUUAAUGUAACAUGAGAGCACUUUGCUGAUCUUCACAUUAUUCAGCAAGAGCAAAUUCAGCCUAGAAAAAUCACGGAUGUGGAAGCACUGAAGAUGUUGUCUGGUAGACAGUGGGGGCUCAAUCGUUAUUUGACACGAAAUCUGGAUGGGAAACCCGCAACCUCGGAGUUGGAAUGAAUUUCUCUCAAAUUCACUCAAAUUCAAAAUGUGAGGAAUUGUAUAACUCUUCCCCCCAAAGGGAAGUCUAAAACAUAAUGAAACAAAACAACUGCACCUGAGAAAUAAGUAUUUUAAAUAUUUUUCCAACUGGUUUGAUACCAGCCCUCCCCUGCUUGAUGCCCUGUCAGGAUUUGCAAUGUUUAAAAUUCCUAAAUGUUUCUUUUUCUUAAGGGGGAGAAAUAAGGACAUAGAGCAUUAGAGUAAAACUCACAUUUGGAUUACAUAACAUUUUGCUUUAUUUUAAAUAGGAGUUUGCAGUUUUGUGAAACCCUCUUUUUUAUUGAAAAGACGGUUGGAACACUCAUAAUGUGCACUGAGUAGUGGGUGGAAAUGUUGAUCACUAUAUUGUACACCUGAAACUAAUAUAACACUCUUUGUUACCUGGAAUUAAAAAAAAUAAUAAUUAAUGAGAAAGAAAGGAAAAUAUCAAAUGGUAAUUUAUCUGAGGCAUCUCAGUGUAAGGCAAAUGUUUGUGGUGAUUUUAAGUGUUUACACUGUAAUGAUAUGAACAGAAUUUUGCCUUAAGAAACCUAGGAAGAUCAGACAGUAUUGGUUUAAAAAGCAUGCAUCAUCUCUGUCGUUUAGUGAUAAAGCACAUGAAGGUUGCCCGUUUUCUAAGUUUGAAGAUGGCUGAGAUCACCCAGCUGAAUCAUCUAGAAUGCAGGCUCUUAUUCUAUCCCCAGGCGUUUGGAGUCCAGUCGUAGGGUUGGUAGAGAGAACCAUGAUGCUAAAACCAGCCAAGUCUCAAUGAGGCUCUAUCAGGCGGUGAUUCAUCUUGUUGGCUGCCCUCUUGUUGAAAGACUAUUUAAUCAGCUGUGAUUAGGGGGAGACUCGCCAUGCUGUAAGGUUUUAAGGCUUUGUCCUGAGUGUACAUAGGUCUCAAUUUUGGGGAAAAAUAUAUUUUUUCUUCAUAUGUGAUGCUCUUAUCAGUCUGAUGUAUUGUAAGAUGUUGUAAUAUAUUAAAAUAUUUUUGUACAGUG